ACAAGAUGCAACAGACAAGAUUCAAGAUACAAGAUUCAAGAGACAUGAUUCAAAGAACAAGAUUCAACAGACAAGAUUCAAGAUACAAGAUUCAAGAGAAUUCAAGAGGCAAGAUUCAACAGACAAGAUUCAAGAGACAAUAUUCAAGAGACAAGAUUCAAGAUACAAGAUUCAAGAGACAAGAUUCAAAAGACAAGAUUCAAGAGACAAGAUUUAAGAUACAAGAUUCAAGAUACAAGAUUCAAGAGAAAAGAUUCAAGAGACAAGAUUCAAGAGACAAGAUUCAAAAGACAAGAUUCAAGAGACAAGUUUCAAGAGACAAGAUUCAAAAUACAAGAUUCAACAGACAAGAUUCAACAGACAAGAUUCAACAUACAAGAUUAAACAGACAAGAUUCAAGAGACAAGUUUCAAGAUACAAGAUUCAAGAGACAAGAUUCAAGAGAAUUCAACAGACAAGAUUCAAGAGACAAGAUUCAAGAUACAAGAUUUAAGAGACAAGAUUCAAUAGACAAGAUUCAAGAGACAAGUUUCAAGAGACAAGAUUCAAAAUACAAGAUUCAACAGACAAGAUUCAACAGACAAGAUUCAACAUACAAGAUUAAAGAGACAAGAUUCAAGAGA